AUGCCUCCAGACAUACUUUGCCCGCCAAACACAACCACAAAAGACUACGCCUACCCGGAGUCUCACCCUCUACAUUUGAACAAUUACCCUACCAGCCAGCGAUCACUGAUAUCUAGCAGCGAGGACCUGGAUCUUCAUGAUUUUGGGCAAACAGAGUAUGAUGACGACGACACGCUAGGGCCAGAGGAGAUAAAUUGCAAAGCUGUUGCGCUCUUUGACUUCGAACCCGAAAAUGACAACGAGGUGGCUCUCAGAGUGGGCCAGGUCAUCUGGAUUUCUUAUAGACACGGACAGGGCUGGUUGGUAGCGGAGGACCCAGAUCUGGGCGAAAAUGGGCUUGUUCCCGAGGGUUACGUGGAGAUCUGUGCCCCUGAGGAGGAGAGCAUCCAGGACGAGCCCAAACCGUUCAUACCACGAGUUCUCCAGAACGUCAAGAAUCCAGAAGACGAUAGCGACUGGGAAGAUACGGACUUUGAGGAUGCACACACGGCGGAGUCGCCAGCGGUCACGCUGGACAGACAAUCGUCGCAUUCUAGGGACUCCAGAGACUCCAAAGAGUUAACCUCUCUUGAGGCAAAGAUGGAGGACUCCUCUCUUCAAUAG